GCACUACUCUUUGAAAGUGCAACACAAAAAACUGGGAGGACCCCUUACUAGUCUCGAUGACAAAGUGGUGUCAAAACAACUGGAAAAAGAUGAGGUACAGACCAGGGUUGCUGAACAAUUACAAAGGGUCUAUGAAGACCAAUAGGAAAGCGGCUCCCAAAGGCUUGUACAUUUAUGGAGCAGUAGGUGGUGGUAAAACAAUGUUGAUGGACAUGUUUUAUGAAAGUUGCAACUUAGAUAAAAAACUGAGGGUGCACUUUAAUGAAUUUAUGAUAGAAGUCCAUAAAAAAAUGCAUCUUUUAAAGCAAGAUGUUGUUCAGGACUUUUCUGAUAGGAAAGCAAAACCAUUUGACCCCAUCCCUCCUGUUGCAGCAUUAUUAAUUCAAAAUGCCUGGUUGAUUUGCUUUGAUGAAUUUCAAGUUACUGAUGUUGCAGAUGCUAUGAUAUUAAAAAGGUUAUUUACAGAACUGUUUAAUAAUGGGGCUGUAGUUGUUGCAACUAGCAACCGGGCCCCCGAAGAUUUAUAUAAAAAUGGAUUACAGAGGUCAAACUUUAUUCCUUUCAUAAAAGUGCUUCAGAAUCAUUGCAAUGUGAUAAAUUUAGAUUCAGGCAUAGAUUACAGACAAAAAGUCCAAGGAUCCAGAACUAAUUUUUUUGUGAAGGGGGAUUAUAAACUUGAUCCUUUAGAAAAGAUUUUUAAAGUGCUAAUUUCAAAGGAAAAUGACAUAAUAAGGAGUAGAACAUUCAAUAUUAUGGGACGAGAUGUUCCUUUCCGAAAGGUUUGUGGAGGAGUACUAGACAGUUCAUUUGCAGAAUUAUGUGAACGACCUUUAGGUGCUAAUGACUAUCUUCACCUUGCUCAAUUUUUUCAUACAAUUAUCAUUAGGGACGUUCCUCAAAUAAAUUUGCUACGUAUGAGAUCCGAGGGUAGAAGGUUUAUAACUUUAAUUGAUGCCCUGUAUGACCAUAGAAUUAAAAUUCUUAUGUCAGCUGAUGUUCCCAUUAAACAGAUAUUUACUGCUGAUAGAAGCUUAGAAUCUGGAAUCAGUGAUGAGCACCGAAUGCUGAUGGAUGACUUAAAGAUAACUGAGAAUGAUUUGACAGCAAAUGUUUUUACUGGGGAGGAGGAGAUUUUUGCCUUCGAUAGAACUCUAUCUAGAUUAACAGAAAUGCAAAGCGACAGUUACUGGAAAAAUUACAAAAAAAGAUAGAUGUUACAAAAGUACUUAAUUUAUUGUUGUUUUAUUUUUAAACAUGUUAUUAAUUUAUUUGAAAUAAAUGAGAUUCUAGAAGAUAUGCAAAA